CGUGAUUCCGCUGGAUUACUUCAUUUAUUACGUCAUCAAGAUAAUUGAGGAAAAAUAAUGUAAAAUCGGUGGAAUUGUUGGCGUCAAUUCAUUGUUGUGGGGUUCUUCGUUCAUGUGAUCUUAUUUAUUUAUGACUGUUGUUUGAAGGUCAAAAAGGGUAGUAUUAAUGGUAUCAUGAGUAUCUGGAGCAGUUACUGAUAACAUUGAUGGCAUUGUUGAACUUUUGGAAUCAUAAUUUAUUGCCAUAACCUACAAAAAUGUUUAAAAAUGAACUGUCAAUGGUCACAAUCUUUCCAUUCGUGGACAAUAAACCUGGAGAACAUCUGGAACGAAUGAGAAGUUUCGAUCCUUCUUCAGAUCUCCAGUGAGUUCAUCAUCCUUCGAGUCCUGAAGGAUGAGUGGGUAAUACCUAAAUGAUUAUUAGAUGCCUUGAGACUUCUCGAGUUACAUCAUUAUGACUUGUCAUUUUUUUUCACUCUCACAUGUCCUCCAGAACGAUCCCAUUGAUGGCACAAAGGGGUGACCAUUCAUUCCAGGAAAAUCUAUCGAGGGAGAAAGGGACAGGAAGGGUCGUUGGAGAAAAAGGUCUGGAGCAAAGAGCCUGGAAGGCUGAAGAGCUCCCAACUCAUUCUCCUUUUUGAAGUGAAAAUUAUUGAAAUAAAAAUUAUCCUCAGUCCUCUCCUUGCAAUGGCCCUCCUCCCCCUUUGUCCAAUCUAGUCCCAGCAUUCCAUUUUGCCGCGUUAUAUCGCAGUCAUCGUCCUCACCCAUUGCACAAAAGCCUGGAGACAAUCCAAAACAUCCCGUUAAAAUGCCUAAAACAUUGAAUAAACCUCCGGUCAAUGGCCGGUCAUUGGGCGCCAGUGCUGGUUAAAAUACCGGUUUCCCAGUCGUCAAAGAGUGCAGCUCUGUUCACUCUCGUCUCACGGUUCAUCGUGUCAAGUUCGUUAUUCCUCUGGGGAGAACAUCAUCUCCGUGACACGCGUAAAAAAGGGCAUAUGAAAAUGCCAUUUCCGUCGUUAAUUCUCGUCUUGGUUGGCUUAACAUGUGCCAAGCCAACAACCUACGAUCAACGCCAGACUGGGGAUCUCAACGUUCAGAUUCAUCUCAAGGACUUGAGGGUCGUUGCACUCGUCGACACGGAGAUGCUCGAGGAUUAUACGGAUUAUAAUUAUUCCUACGAUUACUCGGACUUCACAAUCAAGCCCAAGCCUUCACCCUCUUCUGGAUCAACAACAACAGUUUCUGCGUGGCAUGUCUGGCCCACGAACGCCCCAAACUCCACCUCGAAGCCCAAUGGAACUGAACAAUCAUCUUCGAGCACAACUGUGUCCUCUGAAGAUAGCAGUUCUACACCUACCUCGUCUCUAGAUGAUAUUUCUUCAACACCAUCGUCUUCAAAUGAUAAUUCUACACCUGCACCAUCUUCAGCAAAUAGUCCUACAACUGCCUCAUCUUCAGAUGACAAUCCUCCAGUUGUAUUGUCUUCUCAUAUUGAGUCAACAGCUUCUCCAGUUCUGACAAUCACGAAGGGUCCUUCAGACAAUGUGUCUGGAGGUCAGGAGCUAUCAGGAGGGAAAUCACGCAGUCCAGGUCGCUGUCAGACGGGAUAUCACCCCGACGCCAAGGGCCGGUGUAAAAAAGGAUCGAGAAGACGACUCUCACUACUUCCGUUGAUGAGGAAAAUGCUGUCCAAAAGUCCAGAUCCAUCGUCUGCGUAAAUAAUGAAACAAAUUGUGAUUAAUUGUUUGUGAUUUGUAAUGCUCAAUGAAUAAAGUUCUAUGAUUCAUAAUGAUU